AUGGUGGUGGUAGACUCUUUAUCACAUAAUCAUGAGCUCAAGCAACUGAGAGAGAACGGAACGUUGAACAUAGAUGUAAAGAAGAAGUUCAUGAAGUUGACGUAAGUUUUUAAUUGAUUUUUGUUUUUUUAGGGAACUGGUAUGAAUAAUGGUUUUUCUAUGGAAUGCAUAUUGAAGUUAAUUUUACAUAGUAACUUGUUUUGAUUUUAUAUUUAUAUUUAUGUAUAUGAAUGUAUCAAAGUUAACAUUUUAGACUUUCUGAAGCUGUCAAGAAGCUGGACAUGCUUCAUAAUAAUGCUAUGAUGCAAAGUAGCGACUUGAAUCAGAGGUAUACGUUAUUCUUCAGAGUUGUUAACCUCUGUGAACUUGUGCUACAACGUUCGGACUUAAGUCAAAACAAAUGGGUAACAUUUUAAUUGUUUUAUAUGCUUAGGUUUAUGACAAAUGUCUCAUUACAACGUUGUUUUUUAAAUUACAUUUGCAUUUUUAAAAUAAUUUUAAUUACAAUUUUGUUUUCUACAAGUAUCUUGUGCAUUAUAGGCACCAGAUCGAGUCACAAGUAUCUUAAAAGAGGCAGUAUCGAUCUUGGAACGUUUAACAAUAGAAAUAAAACAACGCUCACAAUCUCGACAACUUCUCGACGACCGGUAUGAAGCCGAGUUCCGUCGUAGGCCAUCUCCAGUUCAAAAAGACCGAGAAAGAAGUCCAGCUAAACCAACUAAUGGGGUCGUUCAGUUCGAUACUUAUAUUACACCUUUCCAGUUGGUGAAGUACGUUGAAUUACACAACAAACCUGUUUUGAUUAUUGAUUUUCGAACAACACAUUCACCAGCGAUUAAGUACGAAGACAAGAACUUAAUUCAGGUUAUGGUGUUUGAGGAACGAUAUAUUGAUCGUGGGUAUGUUGAUAUUGUUUUUUUAUAUGUUGUAGUAUAACACAUGUUUGUAUGAUUGGUACACAAAAUGAACUUUAAUAUAAACUAGUUGUUGACUUACUUUUCAGGAUUUCCUACAACACUUUCUACAUAUACGUUGACAUUCACAGUCGCUUCAAACUUAACAAUGUGAACACUUACGGGUUUGUUGUUCUCAUGGGCGAUGAACUGUCGGAGGGAGUUACGUUGAGUGAUCAGAGUAGGACUAUGGCUUUAAGGUCAGCUUUGGCAGAACAUCUCUCACAACCCCCAUUACUGCUACAAGGUGGAUUUGCGGCUUUCGAACGUGCUUAUCCAAUAUAUGUGGAAAGGCCGUCUAACCGGCAAUUGAGUUUUGAGGGAUUAGACCCGUUUACUGCAUUGCUGGAACGGGCUAGGGCAGGUUGGUUAAUACAUUUUUGGUGAUUUUUAACGUUUAGUUAAUGAGGAGUUACUUCUCAUUAAAUUGCUUUCAUUAUUGUUCUUAAAAUACGGAAAAUAAUGAGUUAAACAUUUUUUAGAAAUUCCACGAGAAUUUUGUUACCCUGACCUUUCUGAUAACCCGAAACCAGUGCCAUUUCCAACUAACGAGUAUGACACCAAAAGAUCAGUUAUGGAACGUAUUGAUGAGCUGAAGCUACGAGACAGAAAGUCGCCAAGUCCAGCUAGAAAGACGUCAAGUAGAAGUUCAGUCAAAGACUAUGCCAAGAUUGAGAGUACAGUAAGACGAGAUUACACAGUCGGACCAAAGUCGUCAGUUUCGAGUGACACUAUCUCUAGAAUCGACAGAAGUCCCGUGAAACACAGCUCAAGCAACUUCAGCAUUUCUGCUUCUACUCGUAAGUAUAUUUGUAUUUUUCUGAAUUUAGAAGUACGCACUAUUAUAGUUAGGAACUAUACUAACACAAUGCCAUAUUUUAGAUGACAGUUACACGAGCCUAGAUGAAAGGCGAGAAAACUUUGAUUCUCUGGACCGGCCACUGAAACAGAAGCCGCGGCCUAUAGUGGACAGAACCAAGAAACCACACUUGGAAGGCAAGAAGGAAGUCACCGAGUUCCCAGUUGAGCAAAACGCUCAGCCAAAGUCGUAUGAAGAGAAGAUCGAGAGGAAUAUCGAAGUGAAACUGAAUGGGGAGACGAAUCUUAAUGGUAAUAGUAAUAACAACGGUGAACUUAAUGCUGACUAUAAUAUACGGCGUGUUAAUUUAGGUGGCGCUCGUAUUGACACAACAGCCAGCCAGUCAACCACAUUGUAAGUUAAUUAUUUUAGUUUGUUGAGGAGUUUUUAAGUUUUACAAGUUGUGAUUAAAUUUUUAAAUUUAUUGGCAUAAGUAACGAUUAGUUGUUUUUUGGAAAGGUAUUAUAUUAUGUUGUUUUAGAGUUCACCCACGUCCUUCUCAUCGACCUAGGCCUCCCACUCCAGAUCGUUCUACUAAAAAGCUUGCUCCAGAGAUUGAGUAAGUUGUUUAGCUAUGUAACACUAUGAUUUCACUACAUGAUUAUUGUACACAUAUUUACUGACUUAAUUCCAAACAGAUAAUGAAGAAUAAUAUCAACUUGUGAACAUAGAAAGUAAACGGGAUGAUUUUAGACAAAGAAAGAAGACGCUACGGGAUUUGUUUGUCUACACCGUCGAGGAUAUUCGAAAACAUCAGCGUACAAUGCCUUGUACUGUGCCUCCAGGUUGUACUGGUCUUUUCAAUAUGGGUAACACAUGCUUCAUGAAUGCAACUCUGCAGGCGUUGUUCAACACUCCUAAUAUGAGACAUUUCUUUUCGGAGGACAAGUUUCUGGACUAUGUUAAUGUGUAGGUUAAUGUUUGUAUUUUAAUUGAAUUUUUUUGAGGAUUUUACUGUGCAAGACGUGUUUUAUAUGUACAAAUUCAAAAAUGGUCUUACAGAGAGAAUUACAUGUUGUCAUGUAUGUUAGGGCGCACUAUUUGACUAGAAUCAAUACUCUUACUUUCAGGUAUAACAAACGAGGAACUGGAGGUGUGAUGGCUUCAUGCUUUUCAGCUAUGAUUGUAGUAAUGUGGUCCGGUAACUACAAAGCCAUUAGUACAUUAAGGUUUACGGUAAGAGCUUUGAAAUGUUUUUUUAAUUUAUGUAAAACCUUUUGAUACAUUAUCAUAGUAAUAAAUAGAUGGGUAAAAAUGUUUUGAACGUUGACUAAACAUUUAAAAUUUUCAGGAAGUCUUUUCAAAGACAUGUCCUGACUUGUGUGAUGGUCAACAACACGAUGCUCAAGAGUUUUUGGUAUUCUUAUUAGACGCCCUACAUGAAGAUACUAUACCUGUAAUGUUGGACAAAGUAAUGGAACAAAACUACGAUGGCCUAAACAUCGGGAUGGACUAUCAACACUACGUCAAGAAUUUGAAAAGCUUCAGGGAAUCUCCAAUCAUGAGCAUUUUUAAUGUAAGCUUUUUAUUCUGUGCUUUCUACUGCUUUUUUGUUGUACUAGGUAAAAAUUGUUUCGUAUUAUGCAAGUUUAUGAAAAUUUAACUUAAAGGUAACAAAUUUGAAAAUAUUUUUUCACGAUUUUUGAAUUUGAUUAUUUUAUAGCUGACAACAGCCAAUCAAAUUCAUUGUGGAUCUUGUAAUACUGGAAGUUUGACGUUUGCCGAAUCUACUCAAAUCAUGCUCGAACUACCAAUGCAGUCCUCAUGUCACAUCACACAAUGUCUCCAAAGUCACUUCAGAGAUCUCGUAGGUUUAUACAAGACUAUAUUGUGUUUAUUUUGAUGUAGAUAUUAUUAUAUUUUUUCAAUUUUAAACCUUCACAUUGCAGUAAUAAAUUCGAUUUGUAGAUUUUGGACGGCUCGAGUGCGUGGAAUUGUCCUCGUUGUGAACGAAAACAAAGAUCUCGAGUCGAGCAGAAGGUUUGGGUACUACCACCAGUACUAGUCAUCCUUCUGAAGCGGGUCAAACAGAAUAUGGAUGGAACCUUCGAGAAGAACACUAUUGGAGUUGACUUUGACAUCCACAACCUGGACAUGGCACCUUAUAUGCAUCAGAAGGCGGCCAAACAGAACUCAAAGUACAGAUUGUACGCGAUCACUAAUCACAGUGGUACCAUGAAUUCGGGACAUUACACAGCGUUUGUCAAGAAUCAGUAUCUGAACAAAUGGCUUAAGUUCGACGACGAUUACUGUAACGAAGUCAGCGAACACGAAAUUAAGGUGGGUCACGGUACUAAUCAGAAAAUAAUUAGCAGUUUGAAGUCAAUUUUUGGUAUAGCAUGAAUUUAUUACCUAAAAACGAGUUCAAGAGGGCCGAGUAAACACUGUUGUAUUUCUGAAGUAAUACUGUAUUCCUAAAACAAUACUGUACUUUUUCAGACAGAAAAAGCGUUUAUCUUGUUCUACACCAACGACACCCGCCUCCCUCCCUCUAUGUGA